AUUUCAUGUCAGAACGCCAGUCAAAGGCUACCCAAGAACGCCAUGAGCGUAUGCUCCUAGAGCUCCUCAAAUUGCCAGGCAACGAAUACUGUGCUGAUUGUCGAGCUAAAAAUCCUCGCUGGGCAUCUCAUUCAUUGGGAAUCUUUUUGUGUGUACGAUGUGCCGGUCUCCAUCGCAAGAUGGGUACUCACAUUUCAAAAGUUAAAUCUGUCACUAUGGAUCAGUGGACCGUUGAACAGAUUGAGACUAUCCGUAAAUUAGGCGGGAAUACACAUGUAAAUAGUCUGGUAAAUCCUCACCCUGAUAAACAUCCGUUACCACUGACGGUAGACGAUGAGCAUGCGAUGGAAAAAUUUGUUCGUAACAAAUGGGAGAAACAUGCAUUUAUGGAACCCUCUCCCUCUAUGCAUCUCGACCCUAGAACCCGUCUGCAGGUCGCUCCUAAGCGGUCUUCAUCUGUACCUGUCAUGAUGCGUGAUAAAGACUAUAGCACAAGUCUUAUUCAACUGAGGGAUAUGGGAUUUAAAGACAACGAACGCAACCUACAAGUAUUACGACAGACUCAGGGAAACAUGGAUUCUGCUGUCGAUAUCCUCUCUCGGAUUCCAGGACAGCAACGUCCAAUGGUUGCUCAGCAAAUGACCGAGGAACAAAAGAUGACAAGAUUGCGUGAGAUGGGACACACAAAUAUGGCUAACAACUGGGAUGCCCUUCGUCGUUCGGGUGGUAAUGUUGAGGUUGCGGCUAGUAUUCUUAAUGAUAGCAAGCAGUC